AUGGUCAUCUUCGUAACAGGUUCGGGUGUGCGUGGUUCUCCGGGACGCGGUGCGGCGGCCACCGGUGGUAGCCCGUCGUCGGCCGUGGUGGCCGUGACGGAAGAGCGACAGAACCUGACCUGCUACUCUUGCAACUCGCAGCUGGAAGGCGAAGGCUGCCGCUUUCCGCACAACUUGAGCCUCGCCAUGAGACGCACCUGCCCGCCGUCGCACCGAUUUUGCUCGGUGACCCGCGUGGACUACAGCGUGGACCCUGGCGGCGCCAUGCGGGCCUUCUCGAUCGAGCGCAGCUGCAGCGAGCACUGCACCACCGAGUGCGUGGCGGUGGGCGAGCGGCUGCGGCUCUACAUGUGCCGCUCGUGCUGCGCCGAGAGCCUCUGCAACACGGGCAACGAGGCGCGCGCCCUGCUCGAGGAAGGGGGCCGAGCCCUGCUGGCCUCGCGUCGGCUCACCGUGCCCCUGCUCGCGCUCCUGGUGGCCGCGUGCCUGUGAACUUGCCGGGGGACAUGUUAUGUAGUCACGAGAACUGCGCCUCUACAUUGUUUAACUUUGAGUAGGAAGGAGUGUGUGCACAAAGGGUGGGAGGGGGGUGCAAUUCUUUAGUAUAUCUUAACCCAGUCGGA